GCAUUUUGUUCAUAUGUAAACUAUCCGAAAGAAAGAGAAAAAUCAUACUCACACUUUCAGAAAACGUUUUUCUUAUCAAAAUAUGUUUUUAUCUUCGGUUUUCUUUUUCUAAGUCAAUGAACAAAAGUAGGCGAAAAAUAAAAUUAUUUUAUCUCUCUAUCUUUAGGCGCAAAACUUAUGCUAGUAUAUCAGUUUGCACUUUUUGAUAUUAAUCCAAAUUCAUCGGUGGACGAUGUUCGAAAAGCGCACAAGAGAAAAGCAUUACAACAUCAUCCGGAUAAAAAUCUAGAUAAUUCAAAUGGUAGAGAUCACUUUCAGCAGAUACAGAAAGCAUACGAAAUGUUAUCAAAAGAUGAAGAAAGUGGUAGACAAGUUAACUAUGAUAGUGAUGAUAGUAAUGACGAUUUUAGUUUUGAAGAUGGUACAAAUUUUUCAAAUGAAUAUUGUUCAAAAAUUAAAGAAUGGAUCGAAGAGUAUAAUAACAAUCUUAUUAUAGAAGAUAAUUUUACAGAGGAAUUAAUAAUAAUUACUAGUGAUCUGAUGACAAAAUUCGAUCAAUUGGAACAAGUGUCGACUAAAUAUAUUGAAUGUAAUGUGUGUCGUCAAACAUUUUGA